GAGGUCUGGGGGAUCAAUCCUCGCCUUCCAAACGGGCCCCACAGCUUCGGUUGUUCCUUAUUAAGAGCGCGAAGCUGAAGACGCUUCAUUCACGUGACACCCACCCUCACCCCACAGAUGAAAGCUCCAUUUUGGUCACGGGCCACGCACUCUUUCUACGCCCCUUCGGGUGCCCUUGCUCGAAACUGGAGCGGCCGGGCUCCGGCUGUUGCUUCUCCGGGCGAUUAGCGCUUCACGCCCGUCCCGCCCACUCCCGUCGCCGCGGUAACCAUGGUCGUGAACUGCGAGAGCGGCAACAUGUUACUGAGACCUCGCCAGUUGGCGUGGGACCUCUCAGCUGCACAGACACGACAUUCAUUUGGAUCAUAUCAGGAAAGGAGACUUUUCCCUUCUUUUCACGCACCUGACCGGUUAGGAAAUGAGCGUGUACCAAUUACAGGUCAUCCCAGCCGUGGACCUGGGACUUAUAACCAUGCAGAGAGGAGCAGCAUUGUAUACCACCUUGCUCACAGACCCGAAAGUAUUAAAGGUUACACUAUGGGAGCGAGAACAACCCCACGUUUUGCACUAUCUGACAAGUAUGCGGUGCCUGACCCAACAUCAUACCAGACUAUACUGACCAAAGUCCAAAAGAUUCAGCCGAAAGAUGCUGCAUUUUCUAGCAAAUUGCCACGAUUUUCACAGAAGGUUCUGGAUGCAGAGCUUUUCCCAGGACCUGGCACAUACGACCCUUACAGGAUGCCACACAGGCAUGUCACCUGGCCAGGAAAGUUUGGGGCUCCAGACUGGUCUUUAGUACCAAUGCCAGCAAAAAGGACUCUAAGGACUGAGCUGAUUACAGACAGAGAAUUCAGGAAGCAACGGAACCUGUUGGCCUACCUGAGCCUGUAUUACAGUGAAUAAUUCUACUGACU